GUCAACGAGCAGUUGGAGCUACGUUUGUACCGAGACGUGCAGUGGUUCGCACCGUGCAAGGCAUGCUGGAUAGUGCUAGCAGUACCGCGUCGGAACAGCUCCUGUUCUGUGAUAGUAGUUGAUAGUGAUAGUGGGUGCACGUUUGGAACCACGCUGUGAUAUGGAUAGUAUUAUUAUUACUUCACUGUUAAACUUCACGAUAAGAUAAAAUGCGACUACUUUUCUUCCUAGCUUUCGUCACAAUCCUGGAAGCUCUUCACUGCGAUAAGGAGUUUAACUACUACGACAACUACGGACACGGCUUUGACGUUACCUGUCAAGGCAUCACCAAAGAAUACCUCCACCUUUUGGAGAACAUUACAAUCAGCAACGAAAUCACGCUCAAGAUACAAAAUUCCACUUUGAAAAAUAUAUCCUCUAAUAUAUUUCAAAACAUCAGACACAUUCGAUACCUGUACCUGGAAGACUUAGUGUUUACUUUCCCCAAGAACCACACUGUAUUCCAAUUUCUUGACAAGUUAGAACAUUUAGCUAUUAUUAAUACUAACUUCAUCAUGACAAAACAUACGUUUAAGGGUUUGAGAAAUCUCAAAGAGCUCUACCUGCUCAACAACGAUAUUGAUGUAAUUGAACCAGGUGCUUUUGAAAGUCUGACUAGCCUUCAGUACCUGGAAAUAACCCAAAAUAAGCUAGAAGAUCUAACUGAUAUUCCUGCGUGUGAGCUAAAAGAGCUAAAGACUUUGAACUUAUCAAGAAAUCACUUGUUUGCUCUCAAGAGAAAGAAUUUUGUAUGCAAGAGUGAACUUAAUGGUAUGGCAUUGAAAUUAAAUGAUCAGCACUUAAAUAUCGAUAAAAAGGAUUAUAUUAGCAUCGUAGAUACUUCCUUGGGGCUAACAAGCUUAGAUAUCAGCUUCAAUAAAAUCAAAGUAUUAGGAGAAGCUUUGAAUUACCUCAAAUUUGUAACAUUAUUCAAUGCCCAAUCCAAUAAGUUAAAAAGAAUAAGCAAUGCUGAUUUUAAAGCUUUACGAGAUUUAGAACAAACAUAUCUUGGAAGCAAUCUUUUGGAAGUUAUUGAAAGUCGGGUGUUUGAAGGUAAAGAAAACCUGGAAAUCAUCGAUAUAUCCAAUAAUAAGUUACAAUGGAUCAGUCUGAAAAAUAUACCUCUACUUCGAGACCUGAACUUGUCACGAAACUUCUUUAAAAUAAGCGUAUUGCAAAAUAUUACUAGACCAUCAUCAUUAGUAACCUUGAAUUUAAGUAUGAACAAACUCGAUGAAGUUCCAGUUCAUAUUUUCCAAAACUUUAGUUCUUUGGAAUAUCUAGACCUGUCAGAUAAUCAUCUUCAACUGCAUAAUAGCUCAUUCUCAGGGUUGAAGCAACUGAAAGCCCUGAAUAUAGCUAACAACAACAUCGAAGUUUUACCAGAAAUAGUUUUUAAUGAGUUAACCAAACUAAAACAUCUAGACCUUUCUGGAAACAAAAUUCAAUACAUUUCAAGUGAAAAUUUAGUAAAUGUAACAUUCUUGGAAGUAUUGAAUAUUUCUUUCAAUCAGUUGGAGCAACUGAACUAUGAGCUGCUGAAAAAUUUGAACGAAUUGCAUACCUUGGACGUAGCUGGAAACAAACUCAAAUACAUCCAGUACGAUGCUAUAAUAACAGAUCUUCCACUUCUAUCUAACUUAAACGUCAAGUCGAAUUUGUUGUCUUGUGAAUUUCUAUUCGAAAUGAUUAAAUUCUUAAAGAAAAGACAUAUAAGUUACACCACAGUGGAUAAGUUUGACUAUGAGAGAGAAAACGUUGCCGGGAUUUACUGUGAAAACGAGAAGAAGGCUGUCUCUAGUGACUUGAGAACAGGUAAUUCCGAUGGAAACAUUCUAGUAGAUCUCAGUAUAUUGGUGUGCAUAGUGUUAGUGAUAGUGAUCAUUGGAGUGCUAAUCUUCAAGAUUAAAAUAUAUCUGAAGAGACGGAGGUAUAGAGCUGACGAGUUUGAGCUCAUAGGUGGAUAGGUUCUAAAUCUCUUUGUACAGCAAGCAUAAACACCACUUAUUUCAGCACCCACCAAAUAGGUUUUUAAUACAACAGGACACGUAUUCUGCUAUUAUCAUAAUCAGACGAAGAUUACAAGUUAGAACUGAUAUCCUGUAGAAAAUCCUUACAUAACCGCGUAACAAACAAUACAAAGUUACAACUAGAAGGAGCAUCCGCAAAAAGGACUUGGAGAGGUCUCGCCGUUUUUAUUGCUUUAUACAGGGUAAUGCUGCUGUACUUUGGCGCAAUCACGGAAUAGGUUGUCAAAAUUGGUUUGUGAUGGCAUCGAGUAAUUAUAUUUAUACAGGGUGAUGCAUGUCAUCAUUAUUUGGCAUAUACAAUGGAUGACAAAUAUCCUUUGCUCAAAAAAAUUCCUAGUUGAAAAAUAGUUCUUAGCCUCUACGUCACUGACAUCCAACAGCAACGCGAGUCAUCUCCGACGGGAUCGGAUGCCGGCCAUGGGCUACCUGGGUCGGGUACUUUUUUAUUUGUUUGGAUCCAUGCUUUAUAGUUUAAUAUCAUCAAAAAAAGGCCCCUUUAAAUGGAUCUAAUCAUAUCUAAAAUUGCGGCGAAAAUUGUUUUUUUUUGUUGUGCAAAAAAUCUAAUCAUAAUAUUUUUUCAAGCAGAUGCUAUCUGCUUUUUGACGGAGUGCCUCUUAUACUGGUAACUCUGUAUUCUUUUUUGUUCCGGGAAACCAACUUACAUCAGUGUAUAUUACUGAUUACUUAUUAUUUUACCAACAUUAUUGGAAGGAUUCUACCUUCUACGACAGUAUGAGAUAAAAGUGCUGUAAAGCGAAAAGAUUCGAAUUUGACAUACAUUCUUGGACAUUUUAUAGACGACGCCACAGAAAAUGUAGUCAAACAUUUUCGACGGAUUGUUCAAACAUGGUUUACUCCUAGUUCACAUUAGAGGAUGAUUUUUAGCGGGUUAGUUUUCACAAUAUAUUGCAGAAGAAAAUACAACACAUUUUUUUCCAAAUCGUAACAAAUACGUUGCUACAGCAAUACCAUAUAGACGACUUGCAUAUUUCUGUUUUUCGAAGAUUGUGGUGCACAAUUGCCAUGAAAUAUUUCAUGAAUGUUGUUUUACAAUACACCUGAAAGAGUAGCUACUACCAGAAAAGGAAAGUAUCUCGGAGCAAAAAGAUAAAUUAUAUCUAGUAUUCAAAGUGUUUCUUCAGUAUAUUCUUAUGUAAUGAUUUAAAUAUAGUUUAGUUCCUUUGAUCUGUGAUAUGAUAAUUUAUGUAUUUACUUCCUCUUAUAAAUGUAUUGAUCUACUCCAACUACACGUUUUGUAUUCAACGCCGUGUAAAAUGGACACGCUUUUUUGACUGAUGUAUCCAGAAAGGAGUGCACAUCUGAAAGUGAUUCUGUGUCCAGAAUAGUGGAGGGAGUCAACAAUUUUCACUAUAAUGCAUACAAAUUAUUUUCAUUUGAUUAUUUGAACGGUGAAUGCACUACAGGAAUUCUACAUAUAUUUUUUUUGUUGUUGUUUGGGUCAAAAAUGUAUAUACACCUAUGAUAUGUACCAAAUGAAAAUAAUUUGUUGGAUAACUUCAGGGGUACACCUUCCUUGGAUAUAUUUGUAUUAAAAUAGAUUUAUACUGUAUCAUACAAGAUAAGCAAGCUACUGCUGAUGCCAUUGAUGGCAGUAUCUAUAUCUGUAUGAUUAUACUAUAAUUAUUUAUAUUUGUAUAUUUGAAUUAUAUCAACAACAAGUAUGUUUCAUAUCGUUUUAAUCAAGACUAUAUUUGCGUUUACAUCUUCAUUUCCAUCUGAUUCCAGCAUUACCAUAAAAUUGCGUAUUUCUUAAGGUAUAUAAAUUAAGGUAAACAUUCUUAUUUUAACACGACAAUAGAUUGAGAUUGUAGUUUUAUAUCAGAGAAACCCAAACCAAUGUCAAUAUACAAGAAGUCCUUUGUACGAUAUCUGCUUGAAUAUUUUCUACUGCAAUGUCCGUUUGUUGAUAAGGCAUGUCGAAUGUUAAAUAUUAUCGCAUAUUAAUAUGACUUGUUUACAUGAAUAAACAGUUCAACAACCGGUACUGCCGCAUUAAUGGACCAAAAAUGCAGAUAUGAAAGCUCAAAUUUCAUUUAUUAAUAAUCUGUUUCAAGCUUAUUUUACGAUCGUUUCCAUACGUAGUCGCGAGGGAGUUCUUUGAUUUUGUAGAAAACAUGCAUUUGGUUUGUUUUAAAAGUCAAGCUUCCAUCUACAAUUACUGACCUCUACUUGAUACUCAACAAUGUUUUUGUACGAUUCUGCCUUAAAUGAACUGAAUAUACACGUAUAGAGUGUCCCAUUUUAAUCUCCC